AUGACGAGCACGAGGGUCUGCACAGAUCAAUAGACCACAGAUGGUGAUCUUCCAAUUUGUAUAUGAAGUAACAAGACAAGGGUAGCAAAGCUUGGCAGGAGGUUGACCAUGGACAUGUCAAGAGCGCCGAUGAGGCUGCGGCCGGCAGGCGGCCGUCCGCGCCACCGUUCCAAGGCUCGCAACCGAGCAGCCGAUGAGUCUCUCCGGGGGGACCCUUGCGUUCUCAGCGGGUGGUUAGCUGCGACUUCCAUCGGCGACCAGGAGGGCCGCGUCCAUGGAGGCCGUCCUUGCAGCGCAGUCACUCCGACGGCGACCUUAACCCGGACCGACGGGCGACGAAGCAAACCGAUCACUGGACCACGCGUUUCUCCCCUGGAGCAAGACCCUGACGAGUUUCUCUUGGGGGACGCCAGCGUACACGGUGAGUGGCUUGCCGCGGUCUCCCUCGGCGACGAGCAGGGGCAGGGCCGUGUACAUGGAGGCGGCGCCAUGUCUCCGUUCUUCACUGUACCAUCACCACCCGGCAGGUUAGCACUGAUUCUGCCGUCUGACCACCCAUUUGCUUCUCAUGUUGAUGCCAACGUACAUAAAUUUGGUUGUGAAACGGAGGGGAAUCGAGUUCUCUAUUGCUCCCUCUCUAUCCAACGAAGAUGUUCAUUUAGAAAAUUUCAUACACAUUACUAGUAGCAAAAAAUAACCUUGUUGCUCCUAAUUAAUUAUAGCAGCUGAUUAAAAACCUUGCUGUUUAUUUGUUCCAAGAUUUUUAAUAAAUAUAAAUACAUUGAAAAUAGAAAAAUAACAUCUACUUAAGUAUUUGGUUGGCUCCAUACCUUUCUCUGUAUAAUAGUUUUUGGUACUUGGCAUUGCUUUAAUGAGAUGAACCUCAUUGCAAUCUAAAUGAACGGUAUUUGUGGGAUAAAUUUUAGAGGCUAAAUCAACCGUCUUUGUGAGACAGAGAGAAUACUUACCAAAAUUUGUGAUUUAGUUUUUUUUAUAAUUUUCUCAAUUCUAAUAUUUUGGUGAUUCAACUUUUUAUAUGGUUUGUCAGUUCAACAAUAUUACAAGAAAUAUUGGAUCGGUAUUUUCUUGUUAACUUUUUAUAAAAUUAUGGGACAACUUUAAAUUACUCCGGACCAAAUACUAUUUUUGUUCAAUUUGCUCCAUAAAUUAUAUCACUUGGUUCAAUUCACCUCCUAAUAAAAUUUGUCCUUUUUCUUUCCAUAGACAAAUGUAGACUUAAUUUAAGAUUUUGCAAAGUUUUAGUGGGCAUCACAACGUAUGUCAAUAAAAUAUAUUACUUUUAUUAUUAUUAUUUAGAAAAAAAUUACAAUGAUUGAAAACAUAGAAGCCGUCCAUCUGAUAAAAUCCUACGGUGGUGAAGGUACAAAGUACCCAGAAGUACCUAGGGUAAAGUACUGGUACUUCCAAAACGUGGGACCAAGUACGAAAAAGUGGGAUCGAAUACUAAUUUAAUUUAAUUUUUAUAAAUACUUUUCAUAGAUCAACGGCUAGAAAAAAUUUAAGAUAAAAGUAUCUGAAAGCACCAUUUGGUACUUUACAAUCACUGUAAAAGAGCUCAUUUAUUUAUCAUAUAUGUUUUAUCGUAAGUGUUAAUUUAUUUUUAAAUGUUAUACUCUAUCAAAAUAAUGACAAAAAAUUCUUGACAUAUUUCUUUGGAUAUUGACGAUACUUGAGGGCAGUAAUCUAAUUUUUUUUAACUAAACUUGCUAACUUUCUUAAUGAUUCAAUAAUCUGUAAUUAAAUGAAGUGUAAUUUCCUGUUUGUGAUGACAAUCGCUUGGCCUAGUAGCGAUCAACCACCAUGUAGCAGGCCCCACGACUUAGCCAGGUCUGCCCUCGCCACGGAGUUCUGUAAUCUCAAUAUCUGGAGGCUUGACGUGGUGAGGGAUCAUCUUGGCAUCUCGCCUGCUUCCAUCUGGGAGUCCGUCAGGCGCAGCAGCGGCGGCGGCGUCGGGGGCGGUUCUACCUCCGACUCGGCAGCCUCAUGGCCGAGCUCCUCUGGUUCCUUCACUGGCACUAGUAGCAGCUCAAAUGGUGCCGGCUUCAAUGGCUACCUCUCGGUUCUAAGUGAGGACAUGUCAGUACGAAGUGACAAGGCGUUCUCACGCAUGGAAUUUGUCGACCGUAAGUUGUUGUCCAUCCUAAGCGACAUUGCAGGCGUCAUGAUCGAGGGCGGGUAUGAACAGAUGCUCCGAAAAGCAAUCGAUAGACACUCUGCUCAACUUGCCAGUUACGUUGAAAUCCUUGACAUCAAUAACAUUAUUGGCGGUCAUAAGGAAGAAUCCAAAGAAAUUCUACUGAAGAUCUGGACGAUGGCGAUGCAGAUCAUCGUUGGUUUUCUCAGUGAGAUGCAAAGACAGUUGAAUGGACAGGAUCUUGGUUACUUCGAUAGGCUGAAAGAGGAUUAUUUCUUAGCAAUUGUAAAGCACACUGUCAUGAAGUUGCUUAAUGCAGCUAGUUCUAUCUGCAUUCAGGGCGCAUCAAUUGAUCCAGUCUGCAAGGAUAUCUAUUCAACACUUAAGCCUGAUCUAUCCAAAAUGUUAAAUGUGGUGAUGAUGUACCAGGCACUGAAUUAUGGCAUGCCAACAAUAUUAGCGUUGUUGUCAGGUCAAACUAAAGAGUUCAUUCUCGCAGAGGGUGAAGGGCUCAUCCACAGAUUGUCGGACAUGUUUGUCAAGCUAUCUGUUGAGCAAAACGAUAUGGUGAGAUCCCAGUGUUUGGACAUCUAUGACACUGGUGUCCAUCGUUCUACAAGGCAUAUCAUGGAUCACAUGCGAAUGCUAGUUCAACACAAGACCACAGCCUAUCUAAUGUUAAAGGGUGAUCAGAAAGCAUUUUCUCAGCUGAUUGUGCAGCUGAUUUCAUCUUUGGAGUUCAUGUUGGAUAAGAACUCCAGAGGUUUGCAACUCCAAGGGCAGCAACAGAUGUUCCUUCUGAACAAUGUGCACUUCAUGCUUCAGGAAGUGAAGAUAGAUAAUGAUUUGGCACUGAUCCUAGGAGAAGGGUGGUUAUUGCAGCGUCAUGACCAACUCAACCAGUUCGUUACAGGGUAUGUGGAUGCUUCAUGGACACCAGAUUUGUCCUCACUCCUAAUUGAGGGGUGUUACAGUUUCCAAAGACGGACCCGGGUCCCGGAGAUCUUGUGGCCCCAUCAGUUGCUUGACAAGUUCACCUCAUCUUUCGAGAUGGUCCCCCGUGUGCAAAAGACUUGGAAAGUUACUGAUCCUCUGAUCCGACAUAAGGUGCGGGAGGCAAUAUUUCAGAAGGUUAUCCCAGAGUACCGAAUGCAUAUGGAGAAUUACUCGGAGAAGAAGCAAAAGUCUGCGAGGCACAGCAUUGAGCAACUGGAGUCACAGCUGCAGGAACUGUUCGAGGGUUGAACUUUGCAUGUGAUGUGAGAAUAUAUGGUCACACUUUGUACAUUCUAGUAAUCCCGAUUAAAAUUUGUUUGUUGGCUGUUGGAGAAAGGCGCAAUAACUAGAUACGGAUGCACUCAUGCACCUCAGAAACCGUGGACGGAAAUAGCUUGAUUUUGGCA